AGGUACUAACCUCACGGGAGCAUCUGACAUGUGAAUUCGGGUGGUGCCUUCCAGGAUGAAUUCUCUCUUAUGUGCCAUUUUUCUUGCCGUCUUCCGGCGCCUCGAUGCUGAUUUCCGAUUCGAUGAACUUCAAGAUCGACGAUUGUCAGUGCUCCGUGGACACAGUGGACUACUUCAACAAUGUCAAGCUCUUUCCCAGACUGAUGAGUUUGCUGGAAAAUGACUACUUCAGAUACUAUCAGGUGAAUUUGAAAAGACCCUGUCCGUUCUGGGCUGACAAUAUGAAGUGCUCCUUGAAGGAUUGUCAUGUGAAAGCAUGCCCUCCGGAGGAUUUGCCAAUUGGAGUCCGUAAUGAAUAUGAUCACCAGGAAAGAGAGUUUGAAGCUCCUCAUCUCAAGUAUUCAGAAGCUGCUCAAUUACACACCGGAGAAGACUGUGAUGAUUCAUUGGGGUUUCUGAACAAAACCAUCAGUGAUGAGACUUCAGAAGCCAUGAAAAAGUGGAAGGCAUAUGAUGCAGCAGCUGAGAGCUUCUGCGACAUUGGUGACGGGAUUGAGGAAAGCAUGGAAUUUGUGGAUCUGCGCCUGAACCCUGAACGGUACACAGGAUAUAAAGGGGAAUCAGCAUGGCGCAUCUGGAAAAGGGAAGAGUCUAAGCUGACUCUUGGAACAGCAGGGAAAAAGUGGGGUCCAAAUCUCCGGGAGUUCCAGAAACGAUUUGAUCCUGAGAAGACCAAUGGCCAGGGACCCCAGAGGCUGCGGAAUCUUUAUUUCCUCUACCUCUUGGAGUUGAGAGCCUUGGCUAAGGCUGCCCCUUACUUGGAGGAAUUUGACUUUUUCACUGGGAAGAAGGAGGAUGAAGAUGUGGGCCGGGCUGUCCAGGAUAUCCUCAGAGUUAUCAAAUCCUUCCCGAACCAUUUCAAUGAGUUGUCCAUGUUUGUUGGUGAUGAUGAGGAAACUCAGACUCUGAAGGGGGAAUUUCGGAAACGCUUCAUGAACAUCACCCGCAUCAUGGAUUGUGUUGGCUGUGACAAGUGCAAGCUGUGGGGCAAACUCCAGAUUCAUGGGUUGGGGACUGCCCUAAAGAUCUUGUUUUCUGGGAGUAUCAACAGCCACGAAGCUUUCACUCUGCCUGAGAUGAAGAAGGCCAAGUUUCAGCUCUCUCGCAAUGAAGUUGUUGCCCUUGUCAAUGCUUUUGGAAGAGGUCUUCCCUAUGAGCAAGAUCAAUUAACCCAAAAUUGCUCCAUUCUCUGGUGUAUUCCUUCCAUGACUUCAGGUGAGAAACGUUCUUAUCCUUCCCCAGAGUCAUCUGCCGGUCAAUGGAAACGACAACGACCCGGUGGAAGGAACAUUCAUGCCAAGUCUUCAGACCCAAAAUUCCAUUCUACUCCAUCCCCAAACAGUCCAAUUGUGAAGAUGUUCAGUGAACUGGGAAAGAAACUGGACAUGUAUCAUGACAAGUAUGAACGAAUAGUAAAGCUCUCUAGGGAUACAACCAUUGAGAGCAAGCGAAUCAUCUUUCUCCUGCAUCGGCUGGCAAAAACUGAGAAGCCAGAAGGAAUCCUGUCAGAAGCUGAAGAAAGAUUGGCAACCCUGAGAAAGAACUUAUUCAGAUCCUUGGCUCUGGAACUUGAAGGAGAGGAUCCUUGGCAUUUCCACAGAGCAUUUACUUCUGGUCUCCAGGAAUUUGUGGAGGCAGUUACAUUCUAUAAUUUCUUGAAAGACCAUAAGAUCCCAUCAUGUUCAAACAUUCAGAAUGAUCUAGUAUUCACUGAGGAUGAUGGGAGAAGCAUUUCAGUACUAAUAUCCCCCCACGACUACCUGCUGGGAAUAGCAGAUCUCACUGGAGAGAUCAUGCGCCACUGCAUCAACAGGGCAGGUGACCGAGAUGCUUGUCUUGGCCUCUGUGGUGUUGUGCAGGAACUCCACAAGAGCUUCAUCCUGGUUGGAAACCGAGGCCCAAGGGAAGUAUCUAGGAAAUUCACCACAUUGACACAAAGUGUGGAGAAGAUGGAGAAUGCUUGUUACGCAUUAGUGGUGCAAGGAACUGAAGCUGAGAAGCAGGGCUGGCAAAUUCCUUCAGAGAAAUGGGCUGAAACCUUUCAAGCUUCUACUGCUUCUGAUGAAGGCAUUCAUCUUCAUGAGCAAGAUAGUUCUGAUGCAUCCAAGGCCCUGAUUGAAGGGAAGGGUUGA